AUGAACCGUACCCGCGCGAAGACUUCUAUUAGUACAGAUCGAACAUCCCGUCUUCCAGAUCUGAACUCUCCAAAGGACUCAGGUUCUAGAAUUACUCAAGACGAAAUUAAUAAUAUCAAAUUAAAAACUCAGCAAUUAGAACUAGAAAGAAAGCAAAUGAAGUCAAAAACAGCUUACAUGAAAGCACUUAUUAAAGCUCGCAAUAAUAAAAUCCAGAGCGUUUACACUCAACCAAAUGAUAAUCGCAAUAUCAAGACAGCUUCUAAAAAUCAGCUUUUGACACUCGAAGAGACCGCUAAAUCUCUUGAGAGAUCUCUUAAUGAGAGGAAAAAGCAACUUGAUGAGAUUGAAAAAAGUGAUAAAUUGGCUGUUUCAAAAGAACUACAAAUUGAGAUCCAAAUGUACUACCUUGAGCAAAAACACCUUGCUCAGAGCGUUAAAACAAUGAAAGACAAAGAAGCAAUUAUUGCUAUGGAAUUGAACCGUUUAAAGAGACAAGCUGCAUCUGCAAAAGCUAACGAAGACUGCAUUGAUGAUCUACAAGCUGAAAUUGAUGGCCUUACAGAGAAGUUAUUCGCUUAUAAUAAAAGUGAGCUCCGCAACUACUCAACAAAGCAGUUAAAGAUUAUUCAUGACAAUCCAAAUGAAUUAGAAAACAUCAGAAAAUCCAUUGAAGAAAAGAUUAAAAACGAAGGAAAAGAAAUGGAGAAAAAUAGACGCAAAUGCGAAAAGAUUCAACAAAAAGAAAAUGAUAAUAUACAAUAUUUGCAGCAAAUCAUUGAUCAGCAAGCUCAAAAGAUCCAAGAAGCGUUAGAUAAAAUGAAUCAAAAGGAUCAACCAGAAGAAGAAGAAUCCAAGGAGCCAGAAGAAAAAGAGCAACCUGAGAAGGAAGAUCAACCAGAGGAAGAACCCAAACCAGAAGAGAAAACUCAAUAA